AUGUCUGCUGCACUACGCAAGGUCCUGUCCCGCCCUACCAACCCCGCCAUUCUCCCUAUCCCUCCCAGAACAACAGGAAACAACGUCCCGAAAUCCCUCCACAAAACCCGCCGGACCUGGGCGCCCAAUACUACCCGUGCGGACUGGGCGGUCUCGAUCCCCGCGGCGUUCAAGCCGGACGCGGUGCAGCUGGCGUAUGGAGGGGAGAGUAGCUCGGCGCCGGCGAAGCGGGGAGAACAUGUGUUGAAGGGAGUCAAGAUGCAGAUGAGGAGGAGGAAGGACGUGGAAAAGGCCGGUGGGAUCGAGGGGCUGCUGCUGUCGAGACCGGCAAAGCACCUGACGCCGUUCGGCAAGCAGCUGCGGUCGGCGCUGUUUGCAGAGCUGCAUCGUGUUCGGGCGGCGGCAGAGGCGGAUAGGGCGGAGAUGUCCCAGGGUCUCGACAAUUCGCCAUCACAUCCUCUUACCGCCGACUUGUCAAUACCAGCCCCAUCACACAUAUCGGAGCCACCAAUACCAUCGGCGACGGCGACGGAUGGCGGAGGGGAGGAGGCUAUUCUGACGGGAUCGGGAAUAUGA